GAGAGAGAGAGAGAGGGAGGGAGAGAGAAAGACGGAGAGAGAGAAGUUUAUUGGCCAUUCAGGGGGAAAAAAGACGGACUGAAGAUGCACGUUUUUGUGAACGACAGCACCGAGCACUGCGAUUGGCUAAGUGAAAAUGUUUCAUCAGACAUUGUCAAUGAAAUGGAUUUUACACAGUGUGUCACGAAUGAACAGCUCUUUGUUCCACUAAGUCUGCUGCCUUCUGUGUUUAUUAUACUCCUGCUGUCAUUUGUCGAGCGAAGAAGGAAGAUUUAUGACUGUGAGAGGAGCGCCCUGUGUCUGAGAGGCCGAUUUGGCUUCGUGUUACCUCUGGAUUUCACAGGGAAGAUGCAGAACCGAUGGUCUUACGCUUUUGCCUUUGGUGCCGUGACCCCCAUGGUGCUCGAGCUGAUAUUCAAGAGCACCAAAUAUAAUUAUGUGCUCCCUGAAUUAAAAGUUUUGGAGGUUCUGUUAACUGCGUUGAUGGUAAGCAUUGCCUGCAUGCCGUUAUUUGCCUGUCUCUCAACACCACACCGACUACUCGGAGGAGUCCUGGGGCUGCUGUAUUCACUCUUCUGGUUCAUCAGACAGCUGUGGUAUUUAAUCUUGUGCAGAUCAUUACUACUGAGAGGAAGUAAAAUUUUCGCUGUCUACAGGUUGUUAGGGUGGUUCCUUUACACGCCACAGUUACUGUGCUUGGCGUUCCUGGUGUGCCGCUUUGGUUUCAUCAUUGUCAAGGGUGUGAAGAAGCACCUGAGGAAUUACAGCCAGCAGGAGGAAGUGAAGAAGCAUGAAUACAAAUAUGUACAACAUUUACUGAGACGGUCUGCUGAAGCAUCUGUACAGAAGAGCUGGAUCCAGAGGAAAGUGUACGAGUGGGAUCCGUAUUUUAAAUUCCCAAACAGGAUCAUCGCCACCAUCGUGCUCUCCUUCUAUGGAGUGUAUGUGGUCAUAGCAACAGAGCAGGUCUCUUCUUGGUUCUUUAUCUCAGAUUUGGAAAGAUGUUCGAAUUUUGGCUUUUUGCAAGCAUUCUUUUUAAAACACCUGAACUACUUCAAAUACGCCUGGUAUAUCUCAGCAGCUUGUGCCACGUUGUCGUCUGCCGUUCACAUCAGCCAGGUGUUGGUGUAUUACAGGAAGCACAUAAAAUCACUGCGAGCUGGGGAAAAAAAAUACUUGCCGAAGACAUACAGACCGGAUGCUGUUGAUGGUGUGAUGGGGCUUUUGAAGUAUUCUGGCUAUCAGAUCGCCUUCUCUGUGUGGGGUUAUUUCAUCGUGCACAUUGUGAUGUUCAUGAUUGGCAUGGUGUUUGUAUACCUGGUUAUAUUACCGAUCCAGGAAGACGGAUUUCUCGCCUGGUUGAAGUGGGUGUCCCUGAGUCUGGCCAAUUUCUUCAUCUUGAUCAUUGUGAUGGUGUUGCAGCGCGUGCUGAGCCGUAUAUUUUUCCUGCAAGACAAAAUCUCACCGACAGAUGAAGACAAGCCAUUAGCACUCAACAACAGGAAGGCCUUCCAUAACUUUAACUACUUCUUUUUCUUCUGUAACGUGAUCUUGGGCUUGAUGAACUGCUUGUUGCGGUUAAUAAAAAGUGCCGCCGUGGGUCUGAUGUUGCUGUCACGCAUCGAGCGGACCAUAAUGCCAGAAGGCUUUGAGAAUCUGGACAACAGUUACUGUAUGUGGUUGGGAAUGAUCAUGGCAGACCAUCAUCAUACUAAUCCAGUACUGGUGUGUUUCUGCCACCUGCUGCUCAAAUACAAUUUAGAGAGAUUCCAAGAUGGCGAGUACUCACACUUAAACCAAGAGCCUCUAGCGAAGGACCGAGUUCGCACUCGCUGGCUUCUUGUCUACACCCUACUGAGGAAUCCUCAACUCAUCCUGAUGAGGAAGAAACACAAGCAAAAAAAUGACAAAGAGGGUGAAUUUGCCUUCGCCUGGGCCGUCUCACAUACAGCAUAAAAAACAACGCGGGCCUGUGAAAAUGCCGUUGCAGUAGUCAACCCUACUAGAGAUGAAGGCAUGUAUAAGUUUUUCCAGAUCAUUUUUUGACACAAGUCCUCUUAGUUUGGAAAUGUUUUUUAGGUGAUAAAAUGCCGAUUUAGUGAUUGCUUUCAUAUGACUGUCAAAGUUUAGCUAGCUGUCAAUGAAAACACCAAGAUUUUUAACCAUAUAUUUUGUUUUAAUCCCCUUUGUGUCAAGAAUAGUGGUAAUCCUGAGUCUUUCAUCUUUUUUCCCAAAUAGAAUUACUUCUGUUUUAUCUGUGUUCAGCUAAAGAAAAUUUUGUGACAUCCAGUUGUUGAUUUGGUUGAUACACUGGUAGAGACAUUCAAGGGGGGCAUAAUCAUUAGGUGAUAGAGCAAAGUAAAUUUGGGUGUCAUCUGCAUAGCAGUGAUACAAAAUUGAGUUGUUCUUAAUAAUUUGUCCAAGUGGGAGCAUAUAAAGGUUGAAUAGUAAUGGUCCAAGGAUCGACCCCUGGGGGACACCACAGGUCAAGGACAUUGAUGUUGAGGUACAAUUUCCCAUGGUAACAAAGAAGCUUCUAUCUUUUAAGGAUGAUUUUAACCAAUUGAUAACUUUACCAGUCAACCCAACCCAGUGUUCAAGUCGAUAUAGUAGUAUGUUGUGAUCAACAGUAUCAAAAGCUGCACUGAGGUCCAGUAACACCAGGACCGAUGUUUUGCCUGCAUCAGUAUUAAGACGUAUGUCAUUUAUAACUUUAAUCAGCGCUGUUUCAGUGCUGUGAUUGGCAUGAAAUCCUGAUUGAAAGUUAUCAAAGCAGCUGUUUGAUAUCAAUAAGGCAGUUAAUUGAUUGAAGACAAUUUUUUCAAGGAUUUUCCCGAUGAAUGGUAGAUUUGAUAUUGGCCUGUAGUUGUUCAAUACUGAAGCAUCCAGAUUAUUCUUUUUAAGUAGGGGCUUUACAACGGCUUUUUUCAGGGACACAGGAAAAAUGCUAGUCUCUAGGGAUGUAUUUAUGAUCUGAAGCACAUCUGUAAUUAUGAGGUGAAGAACAGACUUAAAAAGUUGGUGGGCAGAAUGUCCAAUUCAGAUGUUGAGGAACUGAGAUUUUGUACAGUUUUUUCAAGAGUCUUGUCAUCAAUCAAACAAAAUUCUGACACUGUGUUGAAAUUGUCUGUCUGUGUCACUGGUGAUUGCAGCUUUUCAGUUAUUUGCAACUGAGAUAUAUUAUGAGCAAUAUUCUGCCGUAUUUUAUAAAUUUUACCUUUGAAGAAGGAUGCAAACUCAUUGCAUUUAUUAACUGAGAGAAGUUCAGGUGCUAAUUGUGGUGGGGGAUUAGUUAGCUUCUCUACUGUUGAAAAUAGCACACGGGCAUUGUUCAUAUUCCUGUUGAUGAUGUUGGAGAAGAAAGACUGUCUUGCUUUACCAAUUUCAUAAUUAUAUUUACAAAGCAUCUCUUUAUGGAUUUGAUAAUGGAUGUGAAGUUUAGAUUUGCGCCAUUUUCUUUCAGUCUUCCUACAUUCUCUCUUUAGCAGUUUAACAGCUGGGUAUUGCUUCCAUGGUGCUUUCUGCUUGUCAUUGACUCUUUUGAUUUUGAAUGGAGCAAUAUCAUCCAUAAUUUGGGUCAUAUUUGAAUUAAAAAUUUCCAGUAAGUCGUCUACAGAGUCUGACAUUUUAGCUGAGAUCUGUGAGAGAGCUUGCUCAAAGAGAACAUGUGUUGUCGUUUAUGACUCUCCUACCCAUAGUCAUUGAGCUGUUCUGAAUGUGAGGAGACAUAGAAACAUCAGAGAAAACACAGAAAGCGGUAAUCGGUUUUAAGGCCGAGACCUUUGACAGCUAUCGACCAAAGUCAUAUAAAUAAAAAUUUAUGGUGAAAGUAAGAAAUACCGUUACCAACUUGCUCAACUAAGACUGAUUUGACUUCAUUGAUUGUGGGUUGACUCUCAUUAAAACAGGAUAGGUGUUAUAACUUAUGCAACAUACAUGUACAUUCAUUUUCACUGAUAAAAUGUAAAAGGCUAAUUAAAUCAUCAGAUGAACUGAGACAAUCACAUUCUGAAGCAAAUUAAAUAAUCUUAUACCGGUAACUUAAACACACAAUAUAAGUUACAUGUAUUAAUCUAAAUGCAGGUAAACAACAUGUUGAUUUUGUUGUUUCAUAUCCAAAUGAGAGUCGGAGCUUACCCAUCUGUGUUCUCGCUUCUUGAAGGCUGAUCUUGUGGCUGAUUGUUUUGAAACAAUCUGACUUUUAGUUGUUCAUUCAGUUCUCCAUUCAUUCGCUUCUUCUACGUAAGGGCGAGAUGGCAGCAAUUUCCAGCAGAGAAAUCAGACGGCUGCUCCACUCAUUCUCCAUUUUCUCCAUACUGAGUACUCCGCCAUUACUGCUUGGCUCAGGCAAUUACUAAAACCCAGGACAGGACGUCACCGGUUUUACCAACAACCGCGGGGAGGUCACUGCCCAAGCGAUAUGUCACAUCCCGUUCCAUCCCAGGUUUUACCAACAACCCUCGGCUCACACUCUGGGAGAACUGGCGCAACUGAACUUGCCUUCCUUUUUUUAAAAAAAAUAAAUAAAUAAAAUAC